AGCUUUGACGCGUAAGAAGUUGUGGAUGUUGGUGAGCCAACCCUUUUGCUAGCUGGCUGUCGGGGAGAGGUCCCCAGAUCCCUCUCGCACUGCACGUGACUAACCCCCUCCCUCUCCCUUCCCUUCUCCUCUCUCUCUCUCUGUCUCACUCUCUCCUUGGCAGCUCUGAAACAAAAAGCACAUCAUCGCUUCUUCUUCCAUCAAUCCAAAACUCAAAUCUCUCUCUCUCUCUCUGUCUCUCAUUUCUUGGUCUCUCUCACUUUCUUCUCUCUCUCUCUGCUUUUUGGUUUGUAUCGUUAAGACGAUUCCGCGCUAUUAACGGCUGAAUCAGAUUCAAAUGCUAUUGGAUGCCAAUCCAGAUUCAGACUGAAUGCUCGGAUCUGCUGCCGGUUACAUGAUCUCCUGCCUGAAGCAGUUGGGUCACUGAAAUAUUUAUAUCAAUGAUUCUAUAUAAUCAGAACUACCUUUAGCCUGGAUAUCUCUCUUAUGGGUUAAUAAUUGUGGCGAAAUGGUUUUUCAUUCCAAAUAUAUAAGAACAUGGAGGAGACACGAGAAGAUGCAGGGCCGACAGAGCAAGGGCCAUCUAAUGUAUCGUGGUGGCCUUCAGAUUUUGUUGAAAAUUUUGGAUCUGUUUCUUUGGAUUCUAAUGAUGAGGCACUAAAUAAUAAAGAAUCUCCUGUACAUGUUGUCAAAGAUGUUUUGUCUUCUCAGAAAGCAUCACAAACUCUCUGGCGCACUGGAAUGCUUUCAGAACCCAUACCAAAUGGUUUUUACUCAGUUGUUCCGGAAACAAGACUAAAGGAACUUUUUGAUAAUAUUCCUUCCUUGGACGAGCUUCAUGCUUUGAGUGGAGAGGGUUUUAAGGCUGAUGUCAUUCUCGUGGAUUCAGAGAAAGAUAAAAAGUUAUCCAUGUUAAAGCAAUUAAUUGUGGCAUUAGUUAAAGGAUUAAACUCAAAUCCGGCUGCCAUAAUUAAGAAGAUAGCUGGAUUGGUUUCUGAUUUUUAUAAGCGUCCCAAUAUUGAAAGUCCAGCAAAAACUGUGCUAGAUGAAACCACUCACAUGUUAGAGAAUCGAGGAGUCCAGAUGCUGGGGCAAAUAAAGCAUGGUUCUUGCCGUCCUCGAGCUAUCUUAUUUAAAGUAUUAGCUGAUACUGUCGGUCUUGAAAGUAGGCUCGUAGUGGGCUUGCCAAAUGAUGGAGUUACUGAAUGUCAAGACUCGUACAAGCAUAUAUCUCUGAUAGUUGUAUUAAAUUCUGUGGAAAUGCUGGUUGAUCUUAUGCGUUUUCCAGGCCAAUUGUUACCACGAUCAACCAAGGCAGUUUUUAUGACUCACAUUUCUGGUGCAGGAGAGAGUGAUUCAGCAGAAAAUGAUUCUUGUGAUUCACCAUUAGAACCGAACAGCCCUUUAUUUGGGGUUUCAGAGAGUGUUGAGAAGGAGGAAAGCCUCCAAUUCCAUAGAAAAUUUGAACCAUCUUCAAAUGCAUUGGGCCUUUCCUUGAGAAAUGUGAUGUUAAGAUCAAAUAGCAGUUUGAGCUUGUCUCAUAGUGAACCCAACGUUGGCACUACAUUAGGUCGGCGUAGUCGGAGAAAGAUCAUUGCUGAACAGAGGACGGCUAGUUCAAGUCCAGAACAUCCCUCAUUUCGAGCACGUGGGCGAUCCAUGCUUAGUGGUGAUAGGACAGCAUUUAGAGAUUUUACUGAUGAUCAGGCUACAUCAAGGUUCUCAUCAUUUAUAUCUGCUUUUUCACUGUUAUGUCUAUGGCCCCUCUUGUUUUUAUCUAGCUAUAGGUCAGAUGGCGCAUCCUCCUCGUCAGAAGCCCGUAGGAUAAGAAGAAGAAGCGUCAGCAUUACACCUGAGAUUGGAGAUGAUAUCGUAAGGGCUGUACGGGCUAUGAAUGAAACUCUGAAGCAAAAUCGUCUCUUGAGAGAACGAGGAGAUGAUAACUCUACGAACAAUAACAGUAGUGAUGCAAAUCUUCAGAAAAAUGUGUCAAAUUUUCAUCUUGAUGGUCAUGAUGCACUAUAUUCUCUUCAGCAUGACCAUGGAAACUCACAAAAAGCAAUGUCAUUACCAUCUUCACCUCAUGAUUAUAGAGGUCAUUCUUCAGAGAGAAGUGGACCGUCGAGACAAGGAGUGAAUGAUGAAAUGGAGUCAACUUGGAAUAAAGUACUGGAAUCUCCAAUGUUCAAUAAUAAACCUCUGUUACCGUAUGAAAAAUGGAAUAUUGACUUCUCUGAAUUGACUGUUGGAACUCGGGUAGGGAUUGGUUUCUUUGGAGAGGUUUUCCGUGGCAUAUGGAAUGGCACAGAUGUUGCAAUCAAGGUUUUUCUAGAGCAAGAUUUAACUGCUGAAAAUAUGGAAGAUUUUUGCAAUGAGAUAUCUAUUCUGAGCCGACUUCGACAUCCUAAUGUUAUAUUGUUUCUCGGUGCAUGCACAAAGCCUCCACGGUUGUCAAUGGUUACAGAAUAUAUGGAAUUGGGAUCGUUGUAUUACUUGAUACAUUUAAGUGGUCAAAAGAAAAAGCUUAAUUGGCGGAGAAGACUAAGGAUGUUACGUGACAUAUGCAAGGGUUUGAUGUGCAUACAUCGAAUGAAGAUUGUUCACCGUGAUCUGAAAAGCGCAAAUUGUCUGGUGAAUAAGCAUUGGACUGUGAAAAUAUGUGAUUUUGGGCUUUCAAGAUUAAUGGCAGAGUCUCCUAUGAGAGAUUCUUCCUCGGCUGGAACUCCAGAAUGGAUGGCUCCUGAGCUCAUUCGAAACGAACCAUUCACAGAAAAAUGUGAUAUCUUUAGCCUUGGGGUGAUCAUGUGGGAACUCUGCACCUUGAGCAGACCAUGGGAAGGAAUACCACCUGAGAGGGUGGUCUACUCCGUUGCACAUGAGGCUUCCAGAUUGGAAAUACCAGAAGGCCCUCUAGGAAGGCUUAUUUCAGAUUGUUGGGCAGAAUCCCAUGAGCGGCCAAGUUGUGAGGAGAUUCUUUCUCGUUUAGUGGACAUCGAGUACUCCUUGUGCUGAAGCAAUAUCUUUUGUACAUAGAAAACUUUGGGUAGAGUUUUUACAUUGUAUUAUCGGCUGAUGUUGUGGACUAUUUGUGAAUUUUGUUCGUUUUCGCAGAACGUGCGAAGUAUGAAUCCAUAUUUUAUCCCUGUGCUGCAACUGCAUCUCAUUCUGGGCCAAUGAGAAAGAUGAGAUCAAUCCAUCUCUCCUAUUUUAUUUGCAAUGAAAUUCAAAACAACAGUGUCUGGUGAAGAAUAGUGAUUCCCGAUCUCAAUUGGAUAAUAAUCUUGCAGUUUUAUGAAGUUUAUUUAAAUAUUUAGAUUAAGUUGGUUCCAUGUAAAA